AUGGUCUCGGAGGCCUUGCGCCUGGAGUACGGUUGGGAGCAGUGGAACAGUGUUCUUCAUACUUUCAGGCCGCAGGGAAUAUCGCAUCAGGGUGAACCUGUUGAGCCCGAGGCAGCGUUUCCAAAGCCGCCGCCAAAGGCACCGCCCGCGCCACCGAAGCAGGCUAGGGUGGAUCAGACGCCUCUUUCUUGGGGGGAGGCCGUGGCACCUGCCCAGGUGGCGUCUACCUGCUGCUCUGUCACAGCCUCGGACAUUCUUCCAAAAACGCCGAGCUUCGCGAUUGCUCAUGGCUUGGAGGUGUGGGGCGACCUGGACGACUUGCGGCCCCUGAGAGGAAAUGCAGAUCAGGAGUUCCCUGACAUCUCCUCGCGCCCACAGUCGAAGGAGGAGAAGAGAAAGAUCGCGGCCAAGAACCUCGUGGAGCCCGUCUCCAAGCAUGCCACGCAGAAGUUCGGCCGAAGCCUUAGCGAGCCUCCUUGUUUGUUGCCGGAAGCUGACAGGGUCUGGUCUUGUGUAAUGGUGCACGUCCAGCAUCGCAUGGGGGAGGACCUUACGAAGCCAUCGGAGAAGCGCGGAACGCCCAAGGUUUCUACCGCCAGCGAUGAGGCCCUUGCGUCGAGGAAUCCCACACGCGGAAGCAUCGGCGGAGACCACGAACCGCCGCCUCCGCCAAAGAAGGUUUCUACCGCCAGCGAUGAGGCCCUUGCGUCGAGGAAUCCCACAUGCGGAAGCAUCGGCGGAGACCACGAGCCGCCGCCUGCGCCAAAGAAGGCAGCGUUUCCAAAGCCGCCGCCAAAGGCACCGCCCGCGCCACCGAAGCAGGAGGCCGUGGCACCUGCCCAGGUGGCGUCUACCUGCUGCUCUGUGUGGGGCGACCUGGACGACUUGCGGCCCCUGAGAGGAAAUGCAGAUCAGGAGUUCCCUGACAUCUCCUCGCGCCCACAGUCGAAGGAGGAGAAGAGAAAGAUCGCGGCCAAGAACCUCGUGGAGCCCGUCUCCAAGCAUGCCACGCAGAAGUUCGGACGUGCACAGAGAGCCGCGCCCACCUUGCCCCUGCAGGACCUUACGAAGCCAUCGGAGAAGCGCGGAACGCCCAAGGUUUCUACCGCCAGCGAUGAGGCCCUUGCGUCGAGGAAUCCCACACGCGGAAGCAUCGGCGGAGACCACGAGCCGCCGCCUGCGCCAAAGAAGGCAGCGUUUCCAAAGCCGCCGCCUGCACCAAAGAAGGCCGAAGAAGCGCCGCCAAAGGCACCGCCCGAGGGCUGCCGCUCUACUUCGAGAAAAGUCAUCCUGAUGUUCGGGACGCCAGCAUCUGGCAAGGGCAGGCAUGGUGGACGAGUUGCAACGGCCCUGGGAAUUCCGCAGCUCUCUACCGGAGACAUGCUGCGAGAAGCCGUGGGUUCUGGCACAGAGAUGGGUUUGAGGGGCAAAGCGUUCAUGGAACGAGGGCAGCUCGUGAGCGACGACAUCCUCAUAUCCAUCAUCAAUGAGCGGGUCAAAGCUGCGGAUUGCCUGAAGGGGUUCAUCUUGGAUGGGUUUCCUCGCACCAUUGCCCAAGCCGCAGCAUUGGACGAGAUGCUGGCAGCUACCGGCGAGGAAGUGAAGUCCGUCUUGGAGCUCAGUGUGCCGGAUGAAGUGGUGAUUGAAACGAUCGCCGGUCGCUGGAUUCACAAAGCUUCAGGCCGCGCCUACCACGCCAAGUGGAAGCCCCCGAAGUCUUUCGACGGCAAGAGCAAGCCCACGCCCGCGAACAUGCGGGACGAUGAAACCGGAGAAGCUUUGACGCAGCGUACUGACGACAAUCAGGAUACUCUGCCCCAAAGGCUGGCUGCCUUCCAUACCGAGACGGCGACUGUGCUUGGGCACUACAAGUCUCGUGUGGGUUGUCGUGUGGCCCGGGUGAAUGUGGGCCGUUCGCGCAAAACGGAGGACAUUUGGGCAGACUGCGCCAAAGCUUCGGGCGUGAAGCGUGACCAGAUUAUCCUGAUGUUCGGGACGCCAGCAUCUGGCAAGGGCACACAUGGACGACGAGUUGCAACGGCCCUGGGAAUUCCGCAGCUCUCUACCGGAGACAUGCUGCGAGAAGCCGUGGAUUCUGGCACUGAGAUGGGUUUGAGGGCCAAAGCGUUCAUGGAACGAGGGCAGCUCGUGAGCGACGACAUCCUCAUAUCCAUCAUCAAUGAGCGGGUCAAAGCUGCGGAUUGCCUGAAGGGGUUCAUCUUGGAUGGGUUUCCUCGCACCAUUGCCCAAGCCGCAGCAUUGGACGAGAUGCUGGCAGCUACCGGCGAGGAAGUGAGUGAAGUCCGUCUUGGAGCUCAGUGUGCCGGAUGCAGAUGA